AUCAUGAUCGGUGAACGACGGACACACGUACACGCAGUGCAGACAAACUGUUGGCAAAAGUAGAAGAUCAGAACAAAGCAACAGACACACAUACAAGCAUGCGCGAUCGUGCCAGUGGUGGUGAACAAGUCAGAUUUUUGCACACGGUUCGUUUUUUUGCAUCGUGAAGUGAAAUUUUCGCGUUAUUUCACUGCGUGUGUGUGUGUGUGCGCACAAGUUUUAUGCUCUCUCGCAGCAUAUAAUCGCGGCGGUGGCGGCGGCAGCACACACACGGGAAGAAGAAAUGCCUGGGAAAAAGCUAUCGGUGGAGGUGCGGCGCGAUACUUCGCAUUGGAUCUGGGCGCGUCGGGCUUUGUAUGCGUGAGCGAUCCGGAGCAGCAGGGGUCGCGAACAACUUGCACACACAAUUGCAAGUAAGCUGCGCGCAUAAGGGCGAACUGUGUGGUAUAGAUAGAGCGAAACCAAUACACACACACACACAGAGAGCCGUACCAUGUUGACAGUUUUUCUGACAGUGUUUUCGGGUGCGUUUGUGUGCCGCGAAGGGAAAGAGAGAGUAGUGUGGCAAACGGGAAGAGAUUUUCGCCCCAGCUUAAGCUUCGAAGUCGCCUGCUUGAUGUGUGCGACGGUGGCUUUUCAAGCGUGUGUGUGUGUGUGUGAUUUUGCAGCGAGUGAGAGAGAGGGCGCGAUGAAGCAGCGAUAGAAAGGGUGUGUGUGUGUGCACGCGUGCGUUUGUGUGUUUGUGUGUGGCCGCGCGCAGGAGAGAAGCUGCACGGCUGCUGUACACGGGUAGAAGAGCAGGUUCAAUACUCAGUUCACAGCAAACGCUCGUCCGCAUCGCUUGCCCGAAGCUACCGACGUGUGUGAGAGAGCAGGCACACGCGCGCACACGUACCGGGGAUAUGCGUGAUUGCAUCGCUUGCUGCACGUAUGGUGCACACCAUCAGUGUGUUUGAGUGUGUCCGAGUAAGUGGAGCAAAAGCACGUGUGGCGCAGUAAACGCGACACACAUCCCUGCGCAUAAUUUGCGCGCCUGCGGUGGGGGUAGUGAACUAACUACCGAUCGCCACACCACCACCCCACACGGCACCGGGCACCGUUGAAUGGUGUUGGGGUGCGCGGGGGACGGCUGCACACAACAGCACACAACAACGCUAUGGCAACCCGCGACAAGAAGGCCCGUUCGGUGACCGCAGACUCUCCCACGCCUUCGCUCGGCAGCGCCAACAGUGGCAGCAGCGGCAACAUUAGCGCCCUCGCCAUCAGCUCUUCCUCCACCGGUGCCGCAAGUGGAAACGAUUCUGCCCCCACGACACCGACCUCCACGCGGAAAGCGGCGGCAGUAGCGAGUACGGUGGCCGCUGCUGGCGGUGGUAGUAGUAGCAGUGGUGGAAGCGGCAGCACCAACACCUCCUCCACCCGCGGUUCGUUGAGCCGGCUCAAGUCGAAGCAACAGUUGCUCCAGCAGGGCGGCGGUGCCGAUGAGGGAGCGGUAGACGAGUUGGCAGGAAUCGAAUCGAUCGCAGUCGCCGCCACCACCACCACCACACCGUCCCGCACGACGCGCGGCGGCAGUGCACUGCUGCGGGAAGAUUCGGCCGGUAGAGAGUCGCCGGCGGCCAAGGAUGAUACCACGGCAACGACGACAGCUGGGACAGCGCCCGGUGGUACGUCAAAGGAUCUAACAAAAUCGCCCGCAAUCGGGGCACGGCGUGCGGCCGCAACUGCUACAACAACCGCAACAACAGCAACAACAACAAGCUCCAAACCGGCAGCCACUGCCCAAAGCAAGAAGAAGCGUGUAGUAACCCUGAAGCGUGCCGGCCUGCUCAAGCGCAAGGGCAAGAAGAUCAUCGGCAAGCCAAUGUUGGGUCGGAAGGUGGAGGCCCGUCGCCAGCUGGUGACGGCCGCCAAGUCGACCGGUACGCGCGGUGCCGCCGCCACGGUGAAGGACGUGCUGGCCGCCUCGAAAGAGAAGGAGGAGGAGGCGACGGUUGCCACGACGCCCAGCCUGCGCAACGGCAAGCCGCGCAACUCGGACAGCCCGGUGGCGAAGCGCAAAGCCGUGCUGAAGCAGCAGGAAGCUGCAGGGAGCAGCAGCAAAUCGCCCGACAGCGCAUCGAUGGAACGGCGCCGGUCCGGCUCCGUCCUGACGGAGGACGGCGCGGAACAGACGGUGGCCGAGAUGAAGCGCGAGCUGCUGGACUACGAAUCGCGCAGCAAAAUGCUGGACAAGAUGGCGGAAGCGUUCAAUGAGCGCAAGGCGGCGGGCGGCGGCGCUGCGUCCCCGGUCGUCGAGAAGGGAACGUUACGGCGCAGUAUGCGGCAGCGGAAAAGCACGGCCCGGGAGGAGCUAGUGCCGCCGGCUCGGGGCAAAUCGGUCGGGGGCGGCAGCGGCACGGUGGAGAUCAAGCUCGAGCCGGCGGAAUCGCUGGAAUCGUUGACGGUCGAGGGGUCCGAGCAGGACAGUUCGACGGCUGCCGUUUCGGUCGAUGCACCGCUCACCAUCGACACGACGGUGGCGACGGUGGACGGUGGUGUUGCCUGCGAGCCGCUGCACAGCGACGGGACGACGGUCAGCAGUUUGGGUGGUGUGAGCAGUGGGGGGGUGAUCGCUGGGGCGAGCGGCACGGCCGGCGAGGAGGUGGAGCUGGGCAGUGUGGUGGGGAUCGGCGGCGGCAGCGCUGGCGGCAGUGGCAAGGAUCCGUCGCUCAGCCCGGGCGAGCUGGUCAGCGAGGGCGUGUCGGAGCAGAGCGUGAAGGAGUGCUACAGUGAGCCGGCCUUCCUGGAGAACAAUCUCGGCAUCGAGAAGGACCCGAAGCUGGGCGAAAUCGUGCAGGGACGCUUCCGGUGCGACAAGGUUAGUGACGAUGCGGAGGACAAUGCCAAAAGCGAAACGGUGGGCGAUAACGCUGCUAGUGAUAACGGUGAGGAAGGUGGUGUUGGUGGUAGUGCGACAAAGGACGCCGAUCAGGAGGUGGAGGAGGAGGAGACAGUUGCGCACGAAGCGGGGGAGGGAGUGGAGACAGUGCAAAAGGUGAAGCAGGAGGUGCAGGAGGACACGGCAAGUGUGGGCGAGGAUAGGGAAAUAACGAUUGAGGGUGUGAAGGUAGAGGAGGAACCGAUGGAGCAGGAUGAAGAGGAGGAGGAGGAGAUUGGCAAGGAGUUGCCGGUGGAGGAGAAGAUGGACAUCACGGAGGAAGAAGUGGUGGAGUGUGUAAAGAUUAAAGAAGAACCAGAGGAGGAUGUUGCUGCGGUGGUGCCGGAGGAAGCGAAGGGCGACGGUGAUACUCCGUCCAAGACUGACCACGUUCCGGCAAAGGACACAAACGAGGCGCAGGAAUCAAACCGCCGCCCCGAUUCGGCAGGAAGUGCGGUAGAUGAGGAGGCAGGAGCGUCACGGGCGCCAUCGGCUGGUGGUGCGGUGGUUGCCCCUAGCGACGGAGAGGUUUCCUCUAGCAGCACCACCUCCAAAACACCGACAGACGAUGCUUCCUCGCCGGUUCCCGUUGCUUCCGUGCCGUGCAAAGCGAACGGUGACAGCAACGGAACAACCACCGGCGACCAAUCAACUCCCAAUCAACAAUCAUCACGGGCAGGAGGUCAGCAGCGGCCAUCCACCGGCGCGACCCCAAAGACGGCAUCCAAGUCGUCGUCCACGCCAGUCGCCGCCGCCGCCGCCACUGCUUCCACCGCGGGCACACUGUCACCUGCCACCGGCAAGGAGAGCAAGCCGAAAACGCGCACGACCAAGGAGAAAAGCAAGGAGGACGAGAAGACGCGCGAAGAGAAGCUCCGUCAGGAGAAGCUGCGCGUCGAGGAGAAGGUGCGGGAGGAGAAGCAGCGCGCGGAACGGCUCGAAACCGAACGGAGGCUGAAGGAGGAGCAGCAGCAGCAACAGCAGCACCAGCAGCAGGUGCUAGAAAAUGGGCACGAGGAGGAGCAGCCAUCUCCGGCUUCCGGCAGCGGCGGCCCGCAGGACGAGCAGGAACACAAGACUGACACGGCGCCGGUGCCGGCACUGCUUGCGCUCGGCGGACUAAAUCUGCCAGCGAUCACGAUCGCCCUCACCAGCAAGAAGGACGGUGGGUCGUCCGACGAGAAGGAGGAGCCGGCCAUCGUGCCGAAGAAAUGCGAGCUAGAAAUACUGCCGAUCAAGGCGGACGGAGGUCCACCGCCAGCCGUUGUGCUGCUUUCGAAGGAGGAAAAGCCCGCCAAGGAAGGUGGGGCGGCGGCCGCCGCACCCUCGCUGGCCGAUACUGCCGAGUCACGGUUGCGCACCGCUUCGAAGGGCGAAAAUGCGGCCGCUGCUCUGUCGGCGAUGGCGGAGCGAAAGGAUAGCAGCAACAAGUCGUCGUCGUCGCCGCUGACCGUACUCAAGCAAGGGACGAGCAAUGGGUCGCCUUCUCCGCCACCCGCCACCGGCAAGGAUGCUGCGUCCACCACCACCACGACGCCGCCGCCGGACGAGUCGGAUGACGCUGCAAAAGCGUCCCACCUGCUUAACCUCGGCCUGCUAACGAUACGGGCGGCCGACGAAGAGAAGCAGCGCCGUGCCGAACAGAAGCCAUCGUCUUCGGCGGACGGUGGCGCACAGGACGGUGUGACGACAGGUGGCAACAGCAGCAGCCAGGGAACGGCCGGUAAGGGGAGCGAUGGUUGGCUGGCUGCCGGCACCGCCCACUCCGGUGGUGGUAGUGGUCGUACGGGCAAUAAAUCAACCCGCAGCUCCAAGGACGAGUACACGGUGUCGAUGAAGACGACCGUACUGAAGGGUGGUAGUGGCAGUGGCGGUGGCUCGCGGGGUGAGAAGCGAAAGCAGCAACGCAUGCCACUGAAGAUGACGUUCCAAAAGGGCAAGGGCAAGGGCGGUGGCCGGGAGUCGUCGAACGGGUCGGGCAGCGUGUCGAGCAAUGGGAGCGGCUACGCAACCGACACGGGCAACAACGGCGACAACACGUUCUACACCGUGCACAGUAACGAGCUGGAUCAUCACUCGUCCAACUCAUCCGAUGGCCAUUCGCACCGGGACGCUGCAGGCGGUAGGAAGGCGCACAGCCGCUCCCACACUACCGACGGCGUAAACCUCACAGAAGCGGUCGGCGAAAGCGUUUCCUCCAAAGAGGUGAGCCAGAAGUCGCUGGUCAUCCCGGAGAAAGCUUCCUCGUUCAAUGUGCACCCGGAGCGGCUGUGCCGGGACCAGUGUUCCUACUGCGGUGGCAAGUUCGGUCUGUACGACACACCGUGCCACGUGGCCGCCAUCAAAUCGACCGAGCGGCAGCAGCGGAUUCUUCUCGCUACCCUGCCCAAGAUCACACUUGACAGCUGUCUGUGUGAUGCCUGCUACCGGCACGUCGAUCGCAAAGCCAACUGCCCGCCGCAGAAGAAGAAAUCGUCCACCGUAUCGCAGACGAGCGCGUCGACCGGUGCAGCGAGCAGUAGCAGCAGCAGCACUACUUCCACCUCGACGACCAACAACAACAGCACCGCAACACAAUCGACCGUAUCGCCGCUCGUACUUAAGGUCACCACGAACAAGGACGGUUCGACGAGCAUCGCGACCGAGCAGCCGGCCACUGCAAUGGAGGACGGCCCGACGGCGGGCGGGAAGGCGCGCGAAAUCUGUGCCGUGCGGCAGUGUACCGCGCACGCGAUGCAAUCGCUCCGCCGCAAGUGGAUGGUGAAGAUGAAGCGCAAAAUUGGCAAACAGCUGGACAUCAAUCUCGAGCAGGCGGCGAAGGCGACGGCCGAAUACAUCUCCAUCUGCAACAAGCACUACGAGCAGAUUAGCCACCUGAUGAUCUGCGCCAUGUGCACGAAACCGCUGCAGAGGAACCAUGUGUACCAUCUCUACAAUAACGUACCACAGCUGGAGCGCCUGAUCCAGGAGCAGGGGAUUUCAAUGAGGCUGAGCAGCUCGGAGUUGGUCGUGUGUAAAUUAUGUAAAUAUUAUGCUAAUUUAUUGAUUAAGCCCCCGGAACCGAAAACGAAAAAGGCUCAGUUUGUGAACGACUACAAUCGAAGAUUGUUGUGUCGUCAGCGGGCGGCGGAAGAGCAGAGAGAGCAGCAGGCUGAAGCGGCAGUAACGGUUACAGCAGUAGCACCAGCAGCAGUCCCUAGACAGCGCCAACCGAUGCCUGUCACGGACAUUGUAAUUUCGGACGGCGAUGAAGAGGAGGAAGAGGCAGAGGAUGAAGAAGUUGAAGAGACUACCAUCACAGAAUCACAGAGCCAGCAGCAUCCACUACCGGCGCGUUAUCAAACGUUGGGUGACAUAUUUUCGAUCGGCGAUAGUUCCGUCUCUGUGAGACGGCGCGUCAGCAGCAGAAAGUCGCCCGACGUGACCAUCGUGGAAAGCAACGGUGCGACGCAGAUGAGCGAGCUGGAAGAAAUCAGCAUCAUCCCGACGUCGAAAUCCCUCUCCGCGCUGCACCAACAGCAGCAGCAGCAGUCGCGGGACGAUAACAUCGACAUGACGCAGGUGCUCAAGUCGAAUCCCAACAUCUCGAUGCGCGAGCUGUUCCCGGGCGAGGAGGAGCUGGGCGUGCACGUGAACAUUCCGUUCAGUUCGUCGUCGAUGCGCACGCCGGAGGGCUGGACGAAGGUGCAGUCCACGAUACAGUACGACGACAGUACACGGGCGCUCUGGGAGGAGCUGCAGAAGCCGUACGGCAACCAGUCGAGCUUUCUGCGCCAUCUGCUCCUGCUCGAGAAGUACUUCCGCAACGGCGAUCUGGUGCUGUCGCCGCAGGCCAAAACCAGUGCCACCACCUACUCGGAAGCGGUCCAGAACCGGUUACGCUCGUACGAUAACGUGCCGUCGGUGGUGCCGUCCUCACCGCCCGCCCUUGCCUCGCUGACGCCGGCGGCCACAGCGCCGACCGUGGCCGCGGACAAGACGAGCCACAUCUUCCAGCAGUUUAGCAGCGCCACCAUUACGAUCGUGCCGGCGAACAAGGUUCGGCCGCGGACGUCGGCGGGCGGUGGUUCCUCGUCGGCUGAAAUUACGCCGGUAUCGCCGCCGGCUCCGGUGAGCUUGCUGAAAUCGAACAACCUCCAUCUGGCGAACAGUGGCGACCAGGGGACGACGAAGCAAAGCCUCAAACGCAAGCUGUCGAUUGAUAGUGGUGGCAGGACGUCCGGUGGGGCCAGUGCAAUUACCUCGCCACUGAACAGCUCCUCGACCGUGGGCGGCGGCUCCACUAAGGUAGUCAGACUGGACGAACCCAAGGCGCCCUUGUCCUCCCCGCCGGAGCUGAUCAGCAUCAGCAACCGCAAGGCGAGCGUCACCAUCACCACCAUUCCACCGGCGGCAGCACAGUCGGCAACAGUCGGCAGCCCACCAGCAGCCGCUACCGCCACUGCCCAGAAACAGUUGUCGCUGUUGCAGCAACCGCAGCAAUCGCUGCUGCAAAGUGUUGCGGCCGUCGAUGCCGUCACCGCCGCCGCCGCGACGCUUCUCGCCAAGAAAUCGCCAACUGCCGGUGCAACGGCCACCACGGCGAACACUCCGACGGGCCCCUCUAGCACCGGGACGACCGGCUCGGCGAAUGCAAGCGCCACUACGACGGCGCGCGAAAUCAUCCAGAUGCCCGAGCAGCUGACCGAAGCGGAGCGGCGCGAAUCGUCCACGCGUCCCUGGCGGCCAACCCUCCUGCCCAUCGCGCCCGGUGUGUCGGAAAGCUUGAAAACGGGCCCGCUCUACCAGACGGCGGACGGGCGCACCCUGCCCAAGCUGGUGCAGGUAAUGUCCGGCGGCAAGCCCUACCACAUCUCGAUCGAGGACUACAACCGCAUGUGCAUCCUGCGGCGGGAAAAGCUGCUCCAGCAGCAACAGAACAUGAUGCAGCAGCAGCAGCAGCAGCAGCAGCAGACGGUGGCCAACAAGCGCCAGUCGCAGCUGCCGCAACCGAACAAGCAGCCGUCGGCGGCGGCAACCACGCUACCACCACCACCCGCCCUACGGCUGGCCUCCACCGCGGGGUCGGUGGAGAACAACAACGGGUCCGCCAACAGUGUGGCCGUAUCCGUCGCUUCCUCCGCCAAAGUGGUCCAACUACCGAACCAGCUGCUCGAGCAGAACUCGCUCAUCCCGAUCCUCAGCGGUAGCAGCGGGGCGAACAAGAUGGGUAAUGUGCAGAAAAACAGCAGCCUCACGGUAACCAUGACGACGACGGUCAACAACAACAGCCUUGCCAAGAGCAGUAGUGGUAGUAGUAGUAGUAGUGCGACGGCGACCGUCCCGCCCUCGAUGAAGCCGCUCUCCCUGCCGAACAGUACCACCGUCUAUCCGAUGCUGAUGUCGGCCAACACCCUCUCUCUACCCUCCCUGUUCGCGACCUCCUCGGCAGGGUCGUUGCCCGUCUCCUCCGUCGCCGCGCUGUUUAGCGAAGUGAACGCAGCGAUGACACAGACGUCAUCGCCCUCGCAUCGACCAGCGCCCGCGGCGACGUCGCUUGUGCUCGGGCAGCCCACCUCACUCCUCACCACCACCACCAGCAGCAGCAGCAGCAGCGCGUCGGCGGCGACUGCGGCGGUGCUGAAUCCGUUCGAGCACCUGUUCAAGGACGGCAACAAGGUGACGCAGGCACAGCUGCAGGAGUUUGUGGCCAUCGCGACGGCCGCGAACGGCGGGGGCUCCUCCUCGCUGCUGGACAACAGUUCGCCCGCCCAGCUGCUGUCGAAGAUACCAAAAUCGUUAACUGUGAUACCACAACAGAAACAAAGAUCAAUGUCGCGCGUUUCCUCGCAUGAGGACCAAAACAGUGCCUAAACACGUGAAGGAAGAAAGCAAAACAAAACAAAACGAGCGAACCGAACAGAUGGGAAUUCAGCAAACUCCAGCACCAAUUGCUCUAUCAUUCUCGGUCUAGUAUCCUCCCCUCUGAGCUAUGUAGCUUAAUCCUCUCCCACGCCCGUGGUAUGUUGUAGAGCGAGCGAGAGAACAAACAAAAAAUCAAAUAGAAUUUAAAGGAUUAAGAGACAUAGAACUCAGUACUCCCCCCCCCCCCCUUCUCGUUGGACAGUGUAGUUAGGGAGUAGCACAGGAAGAAAGGAUACAGGAAAGGAAGGAUCACGACGGCUUAUUUAAUCCUGAGGAAACAGAAAACACUAGCGACCUCUAGCGACAACCUUAUUACCUUACAAAACUGCCUAAAAGCAUACGAGCCCCGCGGAGUAGUAGUAGUAGUAGUAGUAGUAGUAGUAGUAGAAGGCAAGCAAAAAAACACGGCCUCGAAUUGAUGCCAACAACCACACACGACACGGUGAUGUGGUGAUGGAGAAGCGAGAGUGCUUCGUUCUUGCUUUGAAAAGGAAUUGCAGGUUAAUGAUUCUUGCUGAGGAGCUUACAGUGUACAGCGUGUAUAUUGAAUAAGCUCGUUAAUCCCGUACCACCACCGCUUUAUACAGUCCUUAUGAAUUCUUCUUUCAUACUCCCCUCUAGUCAUUAAUACCUUUUUUCAUAAUUCAUGCUUUUCUUCUUCAAUUCAAUACACUCGAACUACUGUUUGCUAUAGAAAAUGAAUACUGAAUUUCCGACAGCAGAGCAGUAGUGGCAUCGAGUACAGGGAAACACACACACACACAAAACACAUACAUAGUAGAUGCAAAAGAUGAGAAAACAUAUCGAUCAUAUCCUAAGCUUAGUCUUUUGCCACAGGCUUAAGCCACUCUCAUACACACAAUCGAUAACGACCCUCUCAAGUCAUACAUUCCAUAGUGCGCGCUGGGAGGCGAACGAUAUACACACAGGCCAAGGCUUAAGGCUGCACGAUAAUUGCGUGUAAAUGUGGGAGUCGCUUUCCAUUACACCUUUCCAUCAUCCUGAUUAUCAUCGUGUAAUAUGCUCUCCUAUAAAUAUCUGUUUGCAUCGAUAAUCCCUUCAUUUACGAGAAGAAGAACAAGAGCGAGAGAGAAAGAGAGAUAUUAAUUACGAUUAGUGAGAUUUAGGGGGACAAACAGUUUGUGGUACGGUUUAAUUUAUUACUAUUUAGUACGGAAUGAAGUAUGGCAGGUGUCGCGAUCACGACACGCAGCAGGGCAUUCUCUCCGUUAAUUCUCGAUACUACUAGUAGCAGUGAAUAGAAGUUAGUUUAGGACCUGUCCACACACGCAUGCCGGUUUGGUUGGACCCUCUCCCCAUAAAACACAUACAUAUUUCGCUUUUUAGUUUUGGUUCAGCUACUGCUGAAGUUAGCACCCAGAAGCUGUUAAAAUGUGUGUGUUCCUCUUGUGCAAACCGUUCGUGGCGAUCGUGCUCAGGUGAGAAGGUAAAUGAGAAUUCAAUUGAGAAGUAGAAUGAGCAAAACGAGCGAGAAUUGUGUGGAACUAUUGUUUUAGUUCAUUUCUCAAACAACUACAUACAGUCAAAGACACACACACUUCAGAUACACUUACACAUACUCACGCACGCACAUUGCCGAACGGUUUCUGUUACGUCUACCUGUAUUAUAUUUCAACGCUAUCUUAUCACGAUUAUUUAGAUAGCCGCUAAGUUAGUUAGUUAGUUAGGUUAUGAUCGCAAGCUAUGCAUAAUGGUGAAUCAAAACAGAAAUAAAUCGUAUCCUGAGAAUUGUAACAUA